CCCCUUUUGUAGACGUCAGGUUAACCCGCCCCUUUUGUAGACGUCAGGUUAACGGAAAAUGUGUAAUAUUUUGCAAUGAAUAUCAGGGGAAAUGAACAAUGAGAGCACAAAGUUUCGUUAGCUAACAGGUAGGCAUAAAUAUAUAUUUUUUUGGCAAUUGCUGCUGAUUUUGAUUAUUAGUAACACUAGAAAUAGGUUCUUGUUACGCCCCAUCUCCAAAGAACACCUUUGUUCACUUUACAAUAUUAACUCAACAACAAACUGUCCAUUGAAGAAUUAUCUGCAUUUCAAUUAUAUUAGUUUAAAUACAACAUCUAAGUGGCCUUCCUUAUCAAGUUCCAUUUAAGUGUAUUGCUACCACCCUAAGCCUAUAUCCAUCAAUUCACAUAGAUCCUAUCGUGUUGUCUAAGCCUCUUGAUAAUUAUAUAACUUAAAUAAGGAAAAAUGAAACGAGGCCCCCAGCCUAAUAGGGAUGGAUAUUAUGAGUUCAGCACCCUUAGGUAUUUGAAUAUGGAUAAUCAAGUGUAUGUGUUAUAAGUUUGGUGAAGAUCCAUCUCCUCAUGUAGAAGUAAUUUUUGUUAAUUUUAGUAACAUAGCUCAUACUAGGAAAACAAAAUGGGGCACCCGUCCCCAAACGGAAUGUUUAAAAAAUUUAAAUAACCCCUUAAAGGGUCCUUCUGGAUACUGAUGGAUAUUAUGCCAAGUUUGGCCAGAUCCAUAUAUCCAUGUCAAAGCCUUUGUGGAACGGACAGACCCACAAAUGUUUACUUUUAUAUGUAUAGAUUUAUAUAUAUAUAUAUAUAUAUAUAUUAUAUAUAUGACUAGCAAAUAUACCCAGCGUUGCACGGGAUUGAAUUAGGACCCCGAUCCUGGUGAGACCCCAAUCCCAUUCUAACCAAGAUCCCAGUGCAAUCCCUUUUCCCGGUGAUUCGCUUCCCGGUGGGAUCCUCUUUUCUUGUGGCUCCGGAUCCAGGGGGAAUCUAGAUCUCCGUGGGAUCCCGAUCCCGUCCGUGUCUUGAUCCCAGUGGGAUCCCGAUCGCGAUGGAUCCCGAUGGGCUACCGAUUCCGUUAGGAUACUUUUUCUCUGUGGGAUCCCGUUCCACCUAGGGACUCUCUUUUCCGAUUUGACCCUUUUUCCAAAGGAUCCCGAUCCCAGUUUGAUCGCAUUACCCUUUGGGAUCCCGAUGGUAUCGCGUUCCCCGAUGGGAUCGCGUGACCGAUGGGUUGCAGUUUACUGUUGUAUCUCGAGCCCCCAUUAGUUUGGUCAAGAUCCAUCCAUCAAUCCAUGUAAAGGCCUUUGUGGAACAACGAAAGCCACAAACAAACAAACAAAUUUUCACUUUUAUAUAUAUAUAAACUAGCGGAUAUACCCGGCUUUUGCCGGGAUAGCAUUUAGAACGAAAGAACUUCUGCAAUCUAGAGCCUUACAAUUAUUCCGAUCCUGCUGGGCUCCCAAUCCGUUAGUACACCGUUUCCCGGUUGGAUUUCGAUCCCUCAGGAUCCCAAUUCCGGAUGAUUCCAGUCUAUUUGGUAUUCCGAUCCCGGUGGUAUCUCAAUAACAGUGGGAUAACGAUACUGGUGGGAUCCCGAUAACGGUGGGGUAUUGAUCUCGGUAGGUUUGAGUUUUCCUAUAGGAUCCCGAUCCGAAUGGAAUCCCGAUCCCAUUUAAGAUGUUGAUCCCGUUAGUAUCCCGUUUCCCGGUGGGAUCCUCUUCUCUGAUAAAAUCCCAUUUCCUGAUAGGAUCCCGAUCCUGAUUUGGUCCCAUUACCCGAUUGGAUCGUGUUACCGUUGGGUUCAAUUUGCUGCUGGAUCUCGUUAAGCUUUUACAUCACUUAAUAUAUCCCCGUAGAACUAUAUAGAACUUUCGCAAACAUUCUAGAUUAAAUUUAAUAACCUCCUCGAAACGUGUAAAAAAUGUCUUUUGUAAGUAAUUAUUCUUCGAAUAUGAAAAAUUAUGAAACUAAAUGGACUACUAUAAUUAUAGUACAUUUAAGAUGAAAGAGCGGCCCCGGGGGGGCCCAUUCCAUAAUUGUACCGAACCUUUUUUGUCUAAGGGGGGUGGGGGGGCAUAAAAAUCAGUCGGAUUAAUCAUAGAGUUCAAAUUUAAAAUUAGUCCCAUUAAAAUCUAUUUUUAAAUUCCAUAGAAAUCGCUUUCCAAAAUUAUCAAACUUUCUGAACAAUUCUAUAUUAGAUAUUGUUAGUUUUACAACCACCGAUAUUUUAAUACGAACUAAGAAGGGUAAUGAACAAAGCUUGCCCAGUUAUGCAUCUUCCCCUUUCAGCCUUUAACUUACAAAAUUAACCAAUAAAACAAAAUAUUCAACAUCAGUAUUUAGAUUUGAGCGAUAUUACAUGCAUUUCUUACUUCAAAAAUAAACAUUAUAAUUAUUAUAAUAAAUAUUUUCCCAACAUUAACAUGUCGUUUGGGGUCGAUCAUUAAUUACGUCAACUCUUUACAAGCAAUUUUUGGAACCCCCUUCCCCCCCCCCCCUUGUCAAUAACUGUCAAACUUUCAAUGACCCCCCUAUUUUAUUAUGUUAACAUUUUCUAACCCCCACCCCCCAUCCUAAAGGAAUUAUAUCAUAAAUAAAUUUAUAAAUACAUUUUACUUUGUGCUGACCUAUGACAAUAAAAAUUGUAGGAAAAACAAUUCAUUACAUCUUUAGGUUGUUAAUCAACAAGUUAAUGAGCUUUUACAGUUAAAUUUUAUAAUGCAGAAUCAAUUGAAAGGUUGUUAAAGACUCAAUAUUAUUGUUUGAGGAAUAAAUAUGAUUAUUCUCAGUAAAGCUGACAAUUAUAGUAAAGUUUCUUGCUGCUAUCAUCUUCCCAAGGAGUAGCCAGGUUUGCUUUAUUUAUAGAAACAGGGACAUCAUUUUGGGUAGGGCAGCGGGGAAUGUGCCCCCCCUCCCCCUACAAUUUGCAAGUUUGACCAGCCAUCUGCAGUGCACAGACACACGUUAAAUAAAUCCGAUAUUAUUAGACUAAAAAUUAUAUGACCAUAAUUUAUUCAUUUACAUUUACAACAUUUGUAAAAUAAUGUAAUAACAAGUCAAUUUUUAAGAUUAAAAUUUUAAUAGAGAAAACAGUUUUGUUGACGUUAACUAGUCUAAACCCUCUCCCCGCCUCCUUCUCCCUUGUCAACAACCUGUCAAACAUUUCCAAAACUCUCCCCCCCCCCCACCCCCUUUCCUAUUUUGUUGAAGUAAUUAAUGGACGCCCCUUUUUCGCUUUUUAAGCGCAUAUGAGAUUUGUGAUAAUAAUGUAAAAACAAGUCAAUUUUUAAGAUUAAAAUUUUAAUAGAGAAAACAUUUUUGUUGACGUUAACUAGUCUAAACCCCCUCCCCGCCUCCCUCUCCCUUGUCAACAACCUGUCAAACAUUUCCAAAACUCUCCCCCCCCCCCACCCCCUUUCCUAUUUUGUUGAAGUAAUUAAUGGACGCCCCUUUUUCGCUUUUUAAGCGCAUAUGAGAUUUGUGAAAAAAUGGAUGGUUUGAAAAUUAGUUAACUUUACUUUUGUUAUACAUUUUUUCCGCUUAAAGUUAAAGUAGGCUUAAAACUUGCAGUGAAAUUUUCAAUAUUUACUUUUCUUUAGUUUUUUUUUUCCUCUAAGGGAAGUCACUCUUGAAAAAUUAUGUUGUGUUGCCAAUGUCAUCAUUUUUGUUCCACGUCGUUAAUACUAAUAACAAGUUUAAAUAACACCAUUAUAUAAGUAUGUGAUAUAAAUUAUAAUAUUAAAACUUUAAAUUCUAGUUAACUUAAUGGCAUUUAUAUUUGUGUCGUUCAAUAUUAUGCUUUAUGAAAGAUGUGGAACCAAUUAUGAGUGACUACCCAGACACACAUUUCAAAAGUACUUUUUAAAAAAUUUGGUAAUUCAAGUCAAGUAGGACUUCCAAGUAUGCCAACAAAGGCAAAAAUCAAUUCUAAUUUACAUUUUUAAUUACCAUAGUUAACAAGAACAGUUAACAAGUUAGCAAUAUCCAUUAGGCUACCCAUUCAAAAAAGAAAAGGUCAACAAAGUCAUCAUACUUACUAAUAAAUACUAGCUACUAGGCCUUCAAAAUGACAAAAAUUUAAAUUCCUUCAUUAAUUAUUAACUUCAUUAUUUAUAUUCAUUGUCAUAGUCAAAAUGAGAAGGUCAUUAAAAAAUGUAAAAAUAAAUCUUUAAUCAUAAAUUAUUUGCAGUUUUGGUAUUUUAUGCAGUCCCCCUUUUGCAUAUAUUCACCCAUUGGUAAUAUAUUUAAUUAAAUUUUUUGAAUUAAAUUAUUAAAUUUGUGGUGAAUGCUGAGAAAUGAAGUAACAAUAUAGGCCUAGUAACAAUUGCAAAAAAACUAAAGAUAUUUUGGUGAUGAAAAUUUAAGAAGAAAGGACAAUCCUCGGUGAAUCAAUUAAUAAUAUCUCAUUAUAGCAUAUUUGUUGUAAAAACCAAAAGCAAAAAUACCUACAUUUUUUUUUCUUUUAAGGAUGAAUACAGAGAAUUAAAAUUCCUGAUAUAGAAAAUUAGCUAAACUAAUCCAAUUAUUCAUCUAAAAGCUCAUAAAUUAAUCUUACCCUUACAGCCUUACUGCAACUGCUAUGUUUGAUUUCAGUAAUAAAACAGAUAAUCUUGGCUCAUAAUAUUUUCUUUUAAAUAUUGCUUUCAGUUUCAUAUGUUUAAAUUUCUUGCUUUCGAAUUUUACUUUUAUUUUUGAAAGAAUAAGAAAAACAAUUGUAUUUACAAUAAUAAUAUUAAAAAAUAAUUUUAAAAGUUUUGCUACAUUAAUUUGAUCUAUUUCUACCAAUAAUUUCUUGAACAUUUCCCCUAAAAAUAACAAUGAUUCAUUACCAUUAUUAAGUGUAAGCUUCUUUUAUAGUCAUCAGCAUUAGGGGCCAUCAAUUUAGUUGUAUGCAAAAAGAGUACAAUUUUAGACCCCCCUCCCCCUGUUGCUUGCAUUCUUUUUUAGACGCUCCCUGUGCAUAUGGUCAAUGAGCUCUGACCCCUCACCCCCCACACACAAAAUCAACCAACAAAUCAAUUUAUUUCCCACUGUUUAGUGAGCCCAGUGGUUCCUAAAAUAUGCACCGUGUCAUGCUGGGAAGCCGCAUUGCCCUUGGGCGGAGCCAUGUGAAAAGGGCAACUCUUUAUUAAAUAAGAAUCUAAUGAAGAUCUCAAAAACGUAUAUGUUAAAAUUUGAUACAAUGGGCCUGGAGAAAACCUAUCUUGGCAGAGGGUGCCAAAAAUCAAAAACAUUCUAGGAACCAACAGAAUCCCCCCCUCCCCCCCCCCCGACGCAUCCUCAUAAAUCUGUGAAAAAAAUUAGAUAUAGGGCCACACUUAAAUGACACAUUUGUGGACCCUCCCUCCCACAUACACUUCCCUUGAAAGGGCCUGGGCAUUUAUGAUGGCUUCAUAGAUGAAUGGUGGACUAAAUAUUCCUCUUUUACUAGUGUGAUAUCCAGCGUAUUCACUUUUGAAAACACAAAGAAUUGUAUGGCCCCUUGCAAUAAUAUUUACUAAACAUACAAGUUUUUUUUUACCAUACAAAUUUUUUUUAAAAAUAGAAUGUAGAGAAUUUUUCAUAGCCAAGAUUUGUCAAAACUAAUAGUGCAUAGACUUUUUUUAAAAUGAUAAUCAUAUGAUUUUUUUUGCUCAUAAAGAAAAAUUAAACUGUACAUUACAGAUUGCAACUGUUUAUCAAUAAGACGUAUUAACAACAACAUCAAACAGCAACCACCAUAGUUUUCAAAGAGCUGCCAGCGAGGAAAUCUCUGCUGCUGUUAUUUUUACUUUUAUCUUUGGUGUUUUUAAUUCUGCAACAUGUAAGUUAUUAAAAAACAGGAAUUUGUCUUGUUUUAUAACAUGGGAAACACAAGGUAUUAUAAUCUAUACAAUUCUUGCUGUAAUGUUAAAAGUUUACCAAAUGCUUUCUAAUUCUAUACUUCUCGAGCUAAUGUUUUGUCAUUCAAUGUCAGCCUCCACUACUAAGCACUUUUUUUUGUCAGGAAAUUAUAUUGAAUUUAACUGUAAGGCAUUACUAAAUUGUAAUCAUGAUUAUCAUUGUCACAUCAGGCCAUAUUUUUUUCACUUUAAAAAUAACUCUGGUAUUAAAAAUGUUUAUGACUCUUUCAUUAUAUCUUUAGAUCAUCUCCAGCUACAUUGGAUCCAUGGCUUCAACUUCCAUUCGGGAAAAGCCCCACAUCACAUUUGGCAUUGUGGCCGAUGUUCAGUAUGCAGAUUGUGAUGAUGGUACAGACUUUUCAAAAACACGAGAACGCUUCUACAGAAAUUCUUUGAGCCUGCUGAAAAAUGCUAUCAAUGACUGGAAGCGUUUGGAUGACCCUGUUGCCUUUGUGCUCCAGCUGGGAGAUCUGAUUGAUGGCAAAAACAAUCUUGGUGGUGAAAACAGUAGUAAAAAGGCUUUGUCUACAGCUCUUCAUCCUUUUAAUUCCCUCCACAUACCAGUUUACCAUGUCAUAGGUAACCAUGACUUGUACAAUCUGAACCGGUCUUUCUACCUGACAUCAGCUCUAAACAGUUCCCUUUCCCUCAGCAUUGAAACUACGACAAAUCACCUUUAUUACACAUUUCUUCCGCAUCCAAAACUUAGAGUUGUUGCCCUUGACACCUACGAGGUUGGUUUACUGGGAUACAAAGACAGCCCAGAUGAUGAAAACUUCAAAACCGCACAACUUUGGUUCAGACAGCACAACUCUAAUGAGGACAUCAAUGAUGUUGUGGGUUUGGAAGGACUAGAAAAACGUUGGGCAGCUUACAAUGGUGGUAUUAGUGAAAAACAGUUGCAAUGGCUGGCCCAGGUCUUAAACAAAGCACAAUCCAAAGAAGAAAAUGUAAUCAUAAUAAGUAAGUAGGCCUCUUCGUUGCAUUUUAAAAAUCUAAAAUGGAUAUAAUUGCUUUUGAUAAGUCUUGUGUUUAAAUGGGUUAAAAAGUGUUGAAAAUUAAAGCCAACUCACUGGUAAUUAAGUCUAGUGGAUAGCAUAAUAUUUGUUUUUUAAAAGAACAUGUAUUUUUGGAGUAUUGCAAGAAAGAAAACAUUAAUUUUGUUGGUAGAUACGUCUUCACUAGCAGGCAAACACCAGGCACAAAAGUAAACAUUUUUGUAGAAAUAGUUAAAAAAAUUAUAUCCAUAUCUUAAAAUGACAUAGAUUUUUAUUUUGUAACUGUCGCUCAUUUAGGACCACUUCCUUGUACAUCAACAGAGACAUAAUGAUUAUCAUAAAUAUCUAUCUUUUGAUAUGUUAUGUAUAUUUCUUCAUUUGUACCAGCAUCUCUUCCAAAACAAUGUCUUUUGUUGCUCUAAUUUUUAUUAUAUUAUUAUCUCUGUUGAGCUCUUUUCCCUUUGUAUUUGUAUCUAUGUUUUUUUAUCAAAGUUUGAUGUCUAUGUCCCUGUGUGCACCAUUUUUAAAAAAAGACAAAUUUUUUUUUCCUUUUAACAGCUCACGUUGCCCUUCAGUGUGAAGACAGAGACUAUGCCAUAUGUCUCGUUUGGAACUAUGAAGAAAUAAUGAAUGUGAUCCGUCAGUUCAGAUGUGUUAUUGGAGUAUUUGCUGGGCAUGAGCAUGCUGGCUGGGACUUUGUUGACAAUCAUGGCAUUCAACACAUCACCUUACAGGGGAUCAUAGAGACACGUCCAGGUGGAAAUGCUUAUGCUACAGCUAGACUCUGGGAUGAAACAUUGACAAUCACAGGAGUAGGGAGGGUCCCAAGCUUUACUAUACCUCUGCGCUAUCCUAUUUGAAAUUAUUUGUAAUUUAGUUUUGAUUCUGAUUUUCCUUUGGUAUUUAAGUUUUUUGCAAGUUUCCUUAACAAAAAGUGUAAUAAAACAAUUUUUUAAAAAUUAACUUUCUGAUAGAAAAUUUUACAAGAUAUGGUUCAGUGUGUGCAGAAUAAGUUUCACUUAUAAGAUCACAAUUUUAUGCUGCAGCGAGAAAUUUAUUAAUUAUUAAAAACAUAAGCUCAAUUGUUUUAAAUUUUCUCUAGCAUAUUUGGUAUCAGUAGAGAAAAUAAUUUGAAUCAUUUGAUUUGAUUUUAUUUCUAGUCUUACAUAGUUCAAAAAUUUGUUUGCUCAAAUUUUAACAUGAUGCACUUAUUUGAAUUUAUUUUUAUUGAUGGAUUUUUUUUUCUCUCAUAAUUUAUCUAAAAUAAAGGAAGGGCAUCAACUAAAAGACUUAAAUGGAAGAUCUAAAAAUAUUUAUCAAAUUUUAUUAUCUUGUUUAAACCAAUUACUAAGAAGUGUCAAUAUGCUCAAAAUGUUUAUCUGCUGGUCUGAGUUGAAAAUGUUAAGUUAAAUUACAGGCAUCUCUUCAAGAACCUAAGAUUUAAAGAGUCAGUGUUAACCAUUUAACCGGAUGAACUAUUAUAAUUUGUGGGACUUUUACAUGCAUUCCAAAAUUUUUAUCAAAUUAAUAGGAGAAAAAUAUUAUUUAUAAUUUAUAUUGUUCUUGAUGAAAGAAAAAUUCUAAAAUAAGUUACAAAAAUGUAUUCAUGAAAGCCAAAACUAUAUUACAUAAUUUAAUAUUAAAACCUCCAGAAAUAAUAUUAAAAUAUAAUUGAAAUACAGAAGAUUGUCAAUUAUUUGACCCAGAAUGUGAUGGCAAUAAAAACUUUGUUUUCAUGUCUCCAAAAAAGCAAAAAAGAAAUAAUUUUAAUUUUGUAGGCCUAUAUAUUAAAACUGAUACACUCAAUAAUAGUUAGUAUUGAAAUAAUGCUUAAAGAAUGAAAAUAAUUUAAUGGAAAUAGAAAAAAAAAUGUGUGUAUUGAACUGUAAAGUUUCAAGAAGAGAAUAUCUGAAUAUUGAACAGGUUUUUGUACAUUGUGUUUGAAAUGUUAACCAAAAACAUUAUGGUGUGUCACCUUUGACAUACAUUUCAAGGGUUCAGUUUAAACAUUGUAGGGUAACUAUAAAUGUUGGAUUAUCAUGAAUAGUCACAAACAAGUUAUUUAAUAAUGCUGUAGACCAAAAAUAGAUUUACGAAAAAAAUAUUAUUAACAAAUUAUGCUUACUAAACAGAAUAUAUAUUUUCAUACACCUUAAAUCAAAACGCCCUACAUCAGUAAUAAUUGGAUUAGGGAUGAGGGGCACAGUCCUAAAAAAUGUGAUACCUUUUUCAGUUAAAAAUUUGGCUCCUCACAAACUGUAAUACUUUUAGUGUUCUUUUUUAAAAUAAAUUUAAUUACUGUAUCUACACACACACACACAAAUAUGAAUUCAACAUUCUUAUUUCAGGUUUUAAAAUAUUCUUAUUUUUUAUUAUGAAAAAUAAAUGUUCUUAAAAAUCUGCAUUUUAUUUAUGUUUUAACAAAAGUUAAAGAAUCUCAGAUAAUUUUAGGUACCAGUAGAAAAAAUACAGCAGGAAUAUAAAUAUCAAAGCAAAAAGAUUCAGGAGUUUACACAUUCAUUUCAAUAAUUUUGAUACACUACAUUACUGUUCGUUAGAUUAGACAUGACAAUAAAACUCUCACCAAGAUACAGGUGAAACUGUGUUAUAUUUAUAUGUUUGAUGAUAAUCUUAGUGAAACCUUUUCACUCAUUUAAUACUGAGAAACAAUUAU